AGCCUGGUCGAUCAUAUUAGUAAGAAAAUGAGAGUUCAAGGACCAAUUAGCAAUUUAUAUCCCGUGGUGGCGUGGUCGCCUGAAUAUCACAGGCGCAAAACUAAAAACCCUAACAUUGAGGUUUUAGCAAAGUGUGAGAGAGAGAGAUUUUGAGCGACGAAUCAGGUGAAGAUGGAUGAUUCAAUCGCGUAAUGGUCCAUAGCUUCUGGUUGCAAUGAUGCGUUUCAGAGCUCAGUUUAACAUCGGCAUUUCUCUCUCCUCCAUUGCUCAUCGAACCCAAGUUUCAAAAUCCAAACUUUGUACUGUUAGAUGUUUCCAAAGUGGUAGAUUUGUCUGUGGGGGUGAUCAAUCUUCUUUACGACACUGGUCUCAGUCACCCACACGCGUUUUCGGGAACCGUGUUUCGCGAGCUAUGAAGAACGAAGCUCAAAAGGCUCUCUUUGAUUACUUGCAUCACACUAGAACUCUCAGCUUCGUUGAUGCAGAGCAUAUAAGUAACAACUCCCCUCGGUUUAUCUCCUCUUUGCUGUCCAAGAUCGAUACUAGGAAAGAGGAUAUAUCUCACUCUUUGACUAAGUUUCUAAGGUACAAUCCCAUCAACGAGUUUGAACCCUUUUUUGAGAGCAUGGGUCUGCGUCCUUCUGAGAUCUCUCGUUUUCUCCAACGAGACCUUGUGCUUUUGAGUGACGACAGUGUCCUGUUUGAGAAUUUCCAUGUUCUUUGCAACUAUGGGAUUCCUCGUAGCAAGAUUGGUUGUGUGUAUAAAGAAGCAAGAGAGAUUUUCGGAUACGAGAAUGGGGUUUUGCUGUCGAAACUUGAAGCUUAUGAGAGAUUGGGUCUUGGGAAGCCUAUAGUCAUUAAGCUUGUAACUUAUUGCCCGUCGCUUCUGGUCGGUGGUAUUGAUAGUGAGUUUGUUGCUGUGGUUGGUAAGUUAAAGGAUUUAGACAUGGCAUGUGAUUGGCUUGGGCGUUAUUUGUCUGAUAGAAAAACAUAUAACUGGGGGAGUGUUCUUGAGACAAUGGAGCUUCUUGAGAAGAUGGGAUUCAAAGAGGAGAAGCUGAGUAGUCUUUUGAAAACGUAUCCUGAUUUGGUUGGUGAAACUUCUGGGAAGAAAGCUUAUGUGAUGUUUGGUAAGCUACUUAAAGUGGGACUUGAGAUGAGUGAAAUCGAUAAGUUAGUUAGAGACCACCCAGAGAUGUUACUUGAGAAGUCUGCAAAAAGCAUUUUGGCCGCUUUGAAGUACAUGAUGCGUAUCAGAAUGGAAAAGGAGUUUAUCUUUAGUAUUUUACAGCAACACAUGAAGCUUAUCUGUUCAUCUUCUCUGCUAGGACCAAAGGCUGUUUGCAGUAAACUGAAGAUCGGAAGAGAAGAGUUACAUCAGAUCAUUAAGGAAGACCCUUUGAAACUGUUCAGUUUAGCUUCUAAAACAACAAAGAGAAGAAUUGAACUUGAUUCAUUAGAUUUUAGGAAUGCAGAGAAGAGAGCCUUCUUGUUGAAGAUAGGGUAUGUAGAGAACUCCGAUGAGAUGGUGAGUGCUCUGAAGAGGUUCCAAGGGAGGGGAGAUGAGCUACAAGAGAGAUUUGAUUGCCUUGUGAAAGUUGGUUUGGAUUAUAAUGUGGUUACGGAGGUUGUUAAGAGGGCUCCUCAUAUACUCAGCCGGCCUAGAGAUGUCAUUGAGAAGAAGAUCAACCUUCUAAAAGAUUAUUUAGGUUAUCCAGUGGAAUCUCUUGUUGAGUCACCUACGUAUUUGUGUUAUAGUAUGGAGAGAAUAAAUCAGAGAUUCUCAAUGUAUAUUUGGCUGAGGGAAAGAGAUGCAGUGGUGCCGAGGCUGACACUAGGCACUAUUGUGGGUAUUUCUAAUACCAGGUUUUUGUCAUACUUUGUUAAUACCCACCCUGAAGGUCCAGCUACGUGGGAAAGUAUAAAGAAAUCAUCUACCUGAAGAGAGGUUUAGAGAAUAUAUGUUGAUGCAUCUUGAAGUAUUAGUUUGACUGAAGCGUUUGUUCAUCAGUAUAGUGAUAUAAAUGCCCACAAAUGGAACAAGGAAAGAACAGAGAUCGUCUUUGAGCAUGUAGCUAAUGUUGAUUCACUACUAAACUCAAUGAAGUGGUUCUUCGACUGGACUGAAAAGCUCAACAAAUUGUUAUCAACCUAUUGGCCUGUGCUCGGUUGAUACCGUUUCUUCUGUGGCUACUGAGAGGAGGAAAGGCACACCUUAUGAUGCCUACUUGAAACGUUUUCUUUGUUGAAAGAGACCAAGUAUUGAUGUAGACCAAAGAAACCAGCUAAUAACUAUUUACUGGGACAUACCUGCCACAGUUCUUGUCCAGGAUGCAUUAUUACAGGUUAUUUAGACAAUUUGGUUUUGUACUCUAUUAUUGUCCUCCAUUAGUCCAUGUCUGGUAAGUAUGACAAAAGAUCAUCUCUCAUCUAUGUUUUAUGGUAUUUUUUGUUUGUUUUAGUUCAGGUAUCUGAGGGUCUCUUGUAUAGUCUGAAACUGAAAGUAUAUACCAAAAUAUUAAAAUCAAAAGGUUGCAUGUAGUUAGAAUGUUUUGGGUUAGCAAGUAAUUUUACUGUUGUAAGACUAACUACCCAUCCCUCUUUUAUUUAAACUGAACCUAAAGUAUCUAAACAA